AUGUCUUCCCUUGUUACCAAUAGCCUGUUCGGGGUGAAGGGGUAUGUAGCAGUUGUGACAGGAGGCAGCAGUGGCCUCGGAUUGAUGAUUGCCAGAGGACUUGUGGCAAAUGGCGCCAAAGUGUACCUCGUUGCUUUACCAAAUGAUCCCAUUGACAAAAGGGUGGCGGAGCUCAACGAACUUGGCAAGGAAGUUGGAGGAUCUGCAUAUGGAAUCCCCUGCGAUGUUUCUGACAAGCAAGCCAUCCAGGAUCUCGCCACUGAGGUCGGCCACCGGGAAAAGCACGUUGACAUGCUUAUUUCCAACGCCGGCAUAAGACGAGAUCCACCUGUCCAAUGCAAUGUGUUGAAGGCGUCGUUGUCCGAACUGCAGGCCUCUAUGUGGUCCUCACGACACUCGGACUGGGCCGACACAUUCUGCAUCAACACCACAGCGCACUACUUUCUUUCCGUGGCUUUUCUCCCAUUGCUAGAAGCGGCCGCACAACUUGAACUGCCUGAUGGCCGGCUCGGUCGAAGCGAUGGUCGUGGAGUGGUGGUUAUGACUAGUUCAUGCGCAAGCAUGCACAACGUGACAAACGUAGACCUGACGAGUUACGCAACAAGUAAAGCCGCAACUGAUCACUUAGUCAAGCUACUGGCAGCCAAGUUCAGCCGCUUCUAUGUACGAGUUGUGGGGAUUAACCCAGGCUUUGUUCCAAGCUGUAUGAACCCUGUCGGGGAGGAAGGGAACCUCUUCAGUGCCCUUUUCGACAGGGUUCCUGCCAAGAGAGCAGGAAUCGAGGACGAUAUUGCUGGGACGAUCUUAUACAUUGUCAGUCGUGCAGGAGCAUACGUGGAUGGAACAUCACUUUGUGUUGAUGGAGGCCGUAUUCUGCUUGCCAAUGGUCAAGAAUAA